GGCCAUAGAAAGAGGUUAAUUACAUUUCGGGCUUUAGACAAUACGGGUACCCGUUAGCAGUUAGGGUUUAUAUAAGAACAAACAACCAUUUAUAAAGCGAUUUCAAAGGAGGCGAGGAAGAAACCCUAGAACUCGCAAAACAACCGCAUCAAUGGCGAAGCAGAUCCACGAGAUCAAGGAUUUUCUUCUGACGGCGCGUAGAAAGGACGCGAGAUCAGUGAAAAUCAAGAGGAGCAAGGAUGUGGUGAAGUUCAAGGUUCGUUGCUCGAAGUAUUUGUACACACUUUGUGUGUUUGAUACUGAUAAGGCUGAUAAGUUGAAGCAAUCUCUUCCUCCCGGUUUGACUGUUCAAGAUCUGUAGAUUGAGUUCAGUUUAUCUGUUCUGUUUUACAUUUUUGAGAAUUGAAACCCUAGGUUUUGUGACUUGAUUUUGUGGUAUUGUAAUUUCUACUUUUAUAUGAUUGGAGACGUUGAUUUUCCGUUUA